CCCGGGCUCCCGUCAUACACUGGCGGACGCCAGCCAGAGUUGGCAGCUCGCUGCUUUCGCUUCGGCGUCGCGUACUAGCUUGCCGCUGACUUGGACCUAGCGUCAACGCGGACUGCGCGGACAAGGCAGAACAAGAGUUGCAGGCGCAAUGAAGGCACUGAUCCUGGUGGGUGGCUACGGGACGCGCCUGCGGCCGCUGACGCUAAGCAUACCGAAGCCGCUGGUGGAUUUCUGCAAUAAGCCCAUUUUGCUGCACCAAGUGGAGGCGCUGGCCUCGGCAGGCGUGGAUCACGUGAUUCUGGCCGUGAGCUAUAUGUCUCAGGUGUUGGAGAAGGAAAUGAAGGCACAGGAGCAAAGGCUAGGAAUCCGAAUCUCCAUGUCCCAUGAAGAGGAGCCUUUGGGAACAGCUGGACCCCUGGCACUGGCCCGUGACCUGCUCUCUGAGACUGCGGAGCCUUUUUUUGUCCUGAACAGUGAUGUCAUCUGCGAUUUUCCCUUCCAAGCCAUGGUGCAGUUCCACCGCCACCAUGGCCAGGAGGGCUCCAUUCUGGUGACCAAAGUGGAGGAGCCCUCUAAGUAUGGUGUGGUGGUGUGUGAGGCUGAUACAGGCCGUAUUCACCGGUUCGUGGAGAAGCCACAGGUGUUUGUGUCCAACAAGAUCAAUGCAGGCAUGUACAUCCUGAGCCCUGCAGUGCUGCAGCGCAUCCAGCUGCAGCCCACGUCCAUUGAGAAGGAGAUCUUCCCGGUCAUGGCCAAGGAGGGGCAGCUCUAUGCCAUGGAGUUGCAGGGCUUCUGGAUGGACAUUGGGCAGCCCAAGGAUUUCCUCACAGGCAUGUGCCUCUUCCUGCAAUCAUUGCGACAGAAGCAACCUGAGCAACUGUGCUCAGGUCCUGGCAUUGUGGGCAACGUGCUAGUGGACCCUAGUGCCCGCAUUGGCAAGAACUGCAGCAUUGGCCCCAAUGUGAGCCUGGGUCCUGGUGUAGUGGUGGAGGAUGGUGUGUGUAUCCGGCGGUGCACAGUGCUGCGAGAUGCCCACAUCCGCUCCCACUCCUGGCUUGAGUCCUGCAUUGUAGGCUGGCGCUGCCGAGUGGGCCAAUGGGUGCGCAUGGAGAAUGUGACAGUGCUGGGCGAGGACGUCAUAGUUAAUGAUGAGCUCUACCUUAACGGGGCCAGUGUGCUGCCCCACAAAUCUAUUGGUGAGUCGGUUCCGGAGCCUCGUAUCAUCAUGUGAAGGGAUGCUGCGGGGCUGGCUGAGCACCCCCUCUCCCCACCACCAGAGGGAACACUAGCUCAACACAUCAGAAAGCCCUGGACUCACUGCCAUUUGGCAGGGGAGGAUUGGACAAGGGUGAAGCUAUUGGACACCUGCCUUCUCCCAUGGACAUCACCUGGCAGGAUUCUCACUAGGUAUCCCCCACAAAGCCCACUCCCUCAAGAAGGGCCAAGCAAGAACUGUAUGGAAUAAUAAUUUAAUGCUCAUUGUGGCCCUGACUGAAAGUCAAGCUCAGGCACAAUUAGGGCAAGGCUGGGCUCCCACCAACAAGGUUACACACAGACAAGAAGGUUGAGGGCGGGGGCUGGGGCGGGAUGGGUGGGUGGGUACGAGCUUUGGGAGACAGGGCAAGGGGAGCUCAUAAAUAGGACCCAGCCUGAGUUUGACUUCAAGGGUGAAGGUUCCUGCUCUGUGGGUGAGGUGGGUCUAGGCAGCAGAGGAAGUGGCACUUGCAUUGGCUGCCUUGUCCCAGUCCUCUACAGACACAAUGGUGGCUUUGCAAAAGAAGCAAUCCUUGUUGUUCAUCAGGUGCUGGUUAAUGCAGGCUCUAUAUAGCAGGGGAGGGCAUGAGGGUGGUCUGUGUAUCCCUGCUACUCCCCUGCCCAGCCCCCUGUUCCCAUGGGGCCCACUUACUUGCAGGACUUGUGGCCACAGGGCUGGAACACAGCAGAAAUGGGGUGAGCAUAGCAGAUGGGGCAGAGGUCUUCCUCACUGGUGGGCUGCAGGGAGCAGGGUGCAGGGUGGGCUGAGGUUGGAUGCCUAGACAACUGGCAGUACACUGCACACAGCUGUGCUGAUAUGUAUUUGAGGGAUGUGAACCUGGGUGCUGUGGCCCCACUCACCAGAGAGGCAGCUGCUGCCUGGGCAGACGCAGUGGUCAGGUGUGCCAGCAUCUGUUCCACCUGGGCCAGCUCCUCAACACUGAUGUAAUCUGUGUCUAGAGGGUGGCAGGAGGCGUCAGUAAAAUAUGGCCCUAAGACCCAGGGCCUUUUGAGUAAUUCCAGCUUGGGAAUUUGCUCUUAAGACCAGUGACCUGACCCAGCCCCAAAUCCCCCUCUUCCCUGACCCACCCCCAACCAACUCACAGCUCUGUAGGGAGAAGUGCUUCCGGUCAGGGGCAGGUAGGGCAGUGCCAGGGGUAGGGGGCUCUGACUGCCCCAGGAGAUAGCAUAUAGAGCGGAGCUGGAAGCAGGGAUCAGCUAGGAGCACUGAUGUGGCUCUCUCUAUCCUAGGUGGGAGAGGGUGUAGAGGUUGUCAGAAAGUUGGGUCUGUCUGAAAUCGCUUUUUAUUGGAGGGGUGGGAAGUGUGUGACAAUCCUGCCCACUUGGCACUAUUGCCCCCUUCAUUCCACCUCAUCACUCUGCUUCUCUCCAAUCCCCCCCCCAUAAGUCAGUCCUACAUCGCAGGAAAGGGUCACACAGCUUAACCGUUUAAAGAAAACAAAUAAAGGACAUUGUGGCUCAAA